AUGAAGGGAUUAUUAUUGUACUUCAUUCAACGUUACCCACUGCUGCAGCUUCACAGACUAAGUAAAUGGAACACAAGACUAGCACAAGUUCAACAUCGUCCAAAUAUGAACGCAAUUUUAGUCUCUAUAUCAUAUUCAGAACAGUUUUACAUUGUGAAAAAUGUUACAAAACACAACCCCAGUCGGAAUUGUGCAGAUUCCAAAAUGAAAUUUAAUCCUAAGAGUGAAAAAAGGCGUUUCUUUUACUAUGCUACACCUGUGCUAAUCUUAGCCUAUUUCCUCUAUUGGAGAAAAAGCUAA